ACGUGCCCACCAACUCAGAUCAGCGUCAACGUUUACUUCAAGAAUCUGUACCAUGUUGGAGAAGAGGCUAAGACCAUAGGUGCGGAGUUCAUGCUACGGCAAACAUGGCAUGAUGAACGUUUGAAUUAUGAAAAACUUAGCGAAAACAUGAACAUUCACGUGCCGAUUCUUUUGGACGGCUUCGACGAUGCCGAGAUACGACCUUGGCUGCCGGACAUCUACUUUGCCAAUCAGGCAACCAGUGGCAGAUACAGCUACGACAAAGACUACUCGCUAAUCCAGUUGUUUCCAGACGGCACGAUCAAAACGAGCAGUAGCCACGGCGUAGCGUUUCUGUUGGUGAUCAUCUCCUUUCUGUCGUUCUGCCUUCCUGAAUAUCUUACAGGAGGCAAGCUUGCCGUGGCUUUUGCAUGUUUGAUUACCUACGUUCUGACCAUGCAAAACUACUGGUCAAAAAGUGGAAAAGUUGUCAAUUACAGUUAUAUGGAAAUUUGGACGGGUGUGCACCUACUCUUUCUGUUUCUGAACGUGAUUGUGCUGCUGAUCUUUGCUUGGAGAAUGUCUCACGUUCUGUACCAGAAUCAAGGUUAUAUGUUCCUUGAGUCGAAACUGCCAUAUAUCGAUGCAGCUUCCGACGAACUGGAGAAGGAUGACUCAAAAGACUCGUCGGCACUGCAUGAAUUUACCAGACGCCAGUGGAGGAGCACCGGCAAGAAACAAAGCAUCUUCCUGAACGACAGAAUACGGCGCAUGGGCGUCGUAUUGGAAAUCAUAUUACCUAUUUUUUACGUUAUUUUUUUGAUGACGUUUUGGUCGGUUACUUAUUAG